UUUUUACAGGAAGAUUAAAUAAUAGACAGCGCUCGUGAUUUAAAUGUAUUUAUGAUGCGGAUUAAAGCCGUCCUGCUGCGCAUGCGCGGAGCUCAGACAGCCGAAAUGGCGGCGAGUAACGGCGGAGGAAUGGAGGUGGACGCUACAGUGGGCCCCAGUGUGAUGGCGUCUGGAGUCACGGGCAGUGUGUCUGUAGCGCUGCAUCCGCUCGUGAUCCUGAAUAUCUCCGAUCACUGGAUCCGGAUCCGCUCGCAGGAGGGACGAGCCAUGCAGGUCGUCGGCGCUCUGAUCGGAAAACAGGAGGGCAGGAACAUCGAGGUGAUGAACUCAUUUGAGCUGCUGUUUCACACCGUAGAGGAUCAGAUCCACAUCGAUAAAGAGUAUUACUACACUAAAGAAGAGCAGUUCAAGCAGGUUUUUAAGGACAUGGAGUUUCUGGGCUGGUAUACGACUGGCGGCACUCCGGACCAAUCAGAUAUCCACAUUCAUAAGCAGGUGUGUGAGAUCAUCGAGAGUCCACUGUUCCUGAAGCUCAACCCCAUGACCAAACACACCGAUCUGCCAGUGAGCGUGUAUGAAUCUGUGAUUGACAUCAUCAGCGGAGAGGCGACUAUGCUGUUUGCUGAGCUGCCGUAUACACUAGCAACAGAAGAAGCAGAGCGCAUCGGAGUCGACCACGUCGCACGCAUGACAGCCAUCGGCACAGGAGAGAACUCCACCGUGGCGGAGCAUCUGAUCGCUCAGCACAGCGCUAUAAAGAUGCUGCACAGUCGUGUGAAGGUCAUUCUGGAGUACGUCAAAGCAGUGCAGGCAGGUGAGGUCCCGUUCAAUCAUGAGAUCCUGCGGGAGGCGAACGCUCUCUGUCACCGUCUGCCGGUUCUCAACACGCUCAAGUUCAAGACGGACUUCUAUGACCAAUGUAAUGACGUGGGUCUGAUGGCGUAUCUGGGAACCAUCACCAAAACCUGCAACAGCAUGAACCAGUUCAUCAACAAGUUCAACGUCCUGUACGACAGGCAGGGCAUCGGCCGGCGCAUGAGGGGCCUGUUCUUCUGAAGCUAGUGCUGUUCAUUCAAUAAACCUGAUGUCUUUGUGUUAAA